AUGUGGCUGCUGGUGUUCGUGGUGUGGUUUCUGUUCUGGGCCGGGGGAACCUACUGGUACCUGUUUGGGAAGCCGACCCCGUUCACCCUGGAGUCACUGCGGCCCAAAGAGCCAAUAGAAAUGGACCAGAGGAAGAGGGAUAAGGUGCUGAAGAAAGGUUUCAGUCAGGAGAGGGUCCCUGAGGAUCUGGAUGCGAUCGUGAUCGGCAGCGGCAUCGGCGGCCUCACCGCGGCGGCGUGUCUGGCCAAGGUCGGGAAGAAGGUUCUGGUUCUGGAACAGCAUGACCAAUCCGGCGGGUGCUGCCACACCUUCGUUGAGAAGGGCUUUGAAUUUGAUGUUGGCCUUCACUACAUCGGUCAGCUGCAUGAGAACAGCCUGGUAAGGAUCGCCUUCGACCAGAUCACCGAGGGCCAGCUGGACUUUGUGACCCUGCCGCAGCACUUCGACACCAUCCACAUCGGCCUGGGAGAGGAGCACCGCGAGUACAGCAUCUACACCGGCAAGACCGCCAUGGAGGCCCACCUGAAGAAGCAGUUCCCAGACGACACCAAGGCUGUGGAGGAGUUCUUCAAACUCAUGAAGGUCUGUGCCAGGAAGACGCACUACUUGGCCUCUCUGAAGCUCAUCCCUCGCUGGCUGGCCCUCUUCCUGCUCAAGUCCGGCAUCGCUGACCUUUGCUCCUCCGUCUUCCGCCUGUCCGGCACGAGUGCCACCGCCUGGGCUGACCAGCUCACCAGCAACAAGGACCUCCAGGUCAUCUUCUCAUACCUCUUCUAUGGUGUGCCUCCCAGGGACUCCAGCAUUCUUAUCAAUGCCCUCCUCAUCCACCACUACAAGCGUGGAGCCUACUAUCCUAAGGGGGGCGCCAGUGAGAUCUCCUACCACAUCAGCAACACCAUCCGCAAGUAUGGCGGUGAAGUGCUGGUGAGAGCCCCGGUCACUCGAGUCCUGCUGGACAAAGAUGGCGCUGCCUGUGGUGUGGCGGUGAGGAAAGGCCAAGAGGAAGUGGAGGUGAAAGCACCCAUCGUGAUCUCCAACUGCGGCCUCUUCAACACCCUCAAGAACUUCCUGCCUCCCGAGAUCCACAUGAAGCACGAUGUCCAGGCUCGUCUGGACCUGGUGAAACCAGGCAGAGGCUGCUUCCUCAUCUUCUCCGGGUUCGACGGCACCGCCGAAGAGCUUGACAUUACGUCAACCAACAAGUGGCUCUUUAAGCACAACAACAUGGACGGAAUGAUGGAUGAAUUCUUUGAGAUGGAUAAAGAGGUGGCCCCUGACAAUAUCCCCAUGAUGUUCAUCACCUUCCCGUCAGCCAAAGACCCCACCGCAAAAAUCAGACACCCAGGUAAAACCUCCAUGACCAUCCUGGCUAUGGUGAACUACGAGUGGUUCGAGGAGUGGAAGGACUCGACUGUCAGAAAGAGAGGAGACGGCUACAUGGAGUACAAGAUGAGAUUCGCCAACAACCUCUUCAACUGGGCCUGUGAGCAUUUCCCCAAGCUGAAGGACAAGCUGGUGUUCCAGGAAGUGUCCACCCCCCUGUCCAAUAUGCACUAUCUAGGGGCGUACCGGGGUGCCAUGUACUCCGCCGAGCACAACCUGGACCGCUACGACCCAAUAUCCAUCGCCAAGAACCGCUGUGACACGCCCAUCAAAAAUCUCUACAUCUCAGGUCAGGACGUGUUCAGCUGUGGCAUUGCGGGGGCGCUGCACGGCGGGCUGCUGUGCGCCUCCACGGUGUUGGACCACAUCCUGUACAUGGACCUGAUGUUCAUGAAGAAGAAGCUGAAGCGGGACAAGGCCAGGGAGGACGCCCGACUGGCCAAGAAACUGCAGUGA